AUGUCCGCCCCCACCUAUCCCCUCUUCCCUGUCUUUGCUCUUCUUGGAUUCGUCCUGGCUCUCAUUCCUCUCCCGUGGCAUCUGGAAGCAUAUAACACAGCAACAUGCUACUUCAUAGCUUGGUCUUCACUCGCUUGUCUGAAUCAGUUUAUCAACUCAGUUGUGUGGGCUAAUACUUCACUCAACAUCGCCCCCAUCUGGUGCGACAUCUCUACGCGCAUCAUUACUGGUGCCGCCGUUGGCCUACCUGCCGCUUCGCUGUGCAUUAAUCGGCGGCUCUAUAUGAUCGCUCGGCUUCGCGCGACCACAGUAACGAGAGCAGAGAAAAGGCGCGCUGUGCUUAUUGAUAGCCUUAUCUGUGUGCUGUUCCCGAUUGUUUGUAUGGUGCUCGAGUUCAUCGUACAGGGACACCGAUUCAAUAUAUACGAAGAGAUCGGUUGUUCCCCUGCUACAUACAAUACACUACUGGCGUAUUUUCUUGUCAACUGGUGGCCCGUUGUCAUUGGUCUAGUUUCUGCUGUUUAUUGCGUCCUGUCUCUACGCGCUUUUGCUAUUCGUCGUGCUCAGUUCAGAGAAUUCUUAACGUCGAAUCACUCUUCAUUGAGCUUUGGCCGCUAUUUCCGCCUCAUGGCUCUGGCGACCACAGAGCUCCUCCUCACCGUCCCGAUCUCGAGCUAUUUGAUCUAUCUGAAUGCCACCACGGAACCACUGGAGCCGUGGGUCAGCUGGUCGUAUGUCCAUUACGACUUCUCGCGAGUCGAGGAGAUGCCUGCGAUCAUCUGGCGAAUGAAUCAUGAAGCAGUCGUCGCACUCACUAUCGGUCAAUGGCUCAAUCCUAUCAGUGCUUUCAUCUUCUUUGGCUACUUCGGCCUAGCCAGUGAGGCUCGGAGGCAUUACAAGUUAGCUUUCUGUUUCAUCAGCCGAUGCUUACGCCUGCCGUGCGGCGGCUUCAGAGGAGCCGCUAUUCGUCCCAUAGAUGUGAAGUUCGCCGCCCCAAGCAAAGUCGUGUCGUUUGAUGCGUUGCCUGCGUAUUCAGCAUCUUCCCGUGUAUCUUCGCGGUUGUGGGAUUCCUCUAUAAGCACAGGCGAAGCGAAGGUGGACGUUGUACCUAAUUCCACACCCAACUCGGCUUUUGUAAGCGAAAAUGCCCCCUACUGUUCCCUGCGGCCUUCGCCAGCAUCUACAUUGCCUCAUUCCACACACGACACUUCUUGA